AUGCUACAUCGUCUACCUUUCGGACAGGCCAUAAGGGGCCGCCCGUUACAGAGUGGUGUCCUGACUUCUAUGGCUAGGCCACUAAGCCCAAAAAGUAUCCGCAUGUUCUCUUUCUCCAACGCUGCUAGGAAUAUCGAUAUCGAAUCGGUUAACCCCAUCAAACACGAGCUGAAGGCCAACCAAAUAGUGAAAGUUCGAACCCAAAACUCAUGGUUUGCAGAUAAGCCAUUGGACGAGAAGUUUCGUAAAGGUCAUUCCCCGCUGUACGAGUCGCCUGGUAUGCAAAUGGUUGCUACAGCGAAGAGAGUAACUCUGGGAUUUGGUUUAGCAGGGCUUUACUUCAGCAAGCUUAUGUUGGACACAGGGCUAUUUGCGCUCCCUGCAUCCACAACUUUAGCUGUUGUCAGUAUAAUACCGUUCCCCUUGGUGCUUUACCUUUUAAGCCCUUAUGUGUCUCGUAUCUAUAGACUGUAUGACGACACCAAACCACAGACUUUGGAAAACCUUACACAGAACGAAACCUUGGUUAUGGAGAAAAUUAACUGGUCUGGUAGAAAAGCAUUCAACGAGUUAGUUCAAGUCAAAGAUUUACGAAUUACAGGACCAUCUACCUGGUUUAGCUGGCCGAACUGGAAAGCCUUAGACCCAGAGACAGGAAAACCAAGGUAUUACUAUGUUACUGACCAUGUUGGAGGGCUCCGUAUGGACCGCAUAUGGGGGAUCGCUGAACGGCAAUCCGGAGUGGACAACGGUAGGUCCUUUUAA